AUGACCGAGCCACGUAUGAGACUGCGGCAAAAGGGCCAGCAAUUUCCCACACAGGACUUAGAAGCAUUCCUCCUUGCCUUCGGCGACAACGACUACCCCCUCCCAGAAACAAUGCGCGUCCUCGACGAAAUAAUCACCGACUACAUCAUCGAAACCUGCCACGAAGCUGCCUCCGUCGCACACCACGCGCGCCGCGCAAAAAUCAAGCUCGACGACUUCAAAUUCAUGUUACGCCGGGAUACGGGGAAGCUGGGCAGGGUCAGCGAGAUGCUGGAGACAGACAAGGAGUUGAAGAGGAAGAGGAAGGCGUUUGAUACUGAUGAGGGGGCCGUGCUGCAGGAGAAGGACGGUGGGGAUGGGGGAGGAGGUGGCGGUGGGGAGACGAAACUAGGGAGGCCGAAGAAGAAGGCGCUGGAUGGAGAGACGGCGGAGAGGGGGAGGGGAGAGGAAGAAAAAGAAGAAGAAGAGAGAUUUUGGAGGUGGUGGGGAUGA